AAUGGUGGAGUGGGUAGGGGGCGGGACUUGCUGCCGCUGCUGAGACUGAGGCCGGAGUCUCUUUGUCUGCCAGCGCAGCCUCUGUCCCAGGGCCGGCCUUGGUCCUCCUGCUGCUACUGCUGGCCAGGCACAGGCGCCUGGGCCUUGAGGAGGUGGAGGGAGUGACCAGAAGGGGGGUUGGCUGGUGCAACCCGCUCUCCCUCCAUGUCAUUGCAACCUGCGGCCCUGCUAGUCGGGUUUUCUGCACCCAAUUUUUCUUUAUUAUGUAUGCACGUUUCUUUUUGCAAAGAAAAAUGUUUUAAGCAAAGCAAACGGCGAAGGGAUCGGGAGAUCUGUUUGCAAUCCCUGAAGGAAUCUGCAGCCCGUGGUUGAGGAUUUAGAAGAGGAGGAUUUGUGGGGAGCGACGGAGACGCCUGGGUGUUGAAUCCCUCCCCCAGCAGCCCUUCACCCCCCCCACCCCUUCCCCACCAUGGAGGCGGAAAACGGCAAGCCGGAGAGUGGGGAGAAGGCCCCGGGGCACCGGUCCGGCCGGACGGGGAGUGAGCGGCCACGGGAGAAGACCCACAAGUGCGGAGACUGCGGCAAGAGUUACCACACCCAGUCGGAGCUGGAGACCCACCGGCGAGGCCACACGGGCGAGAGGCCGUUCUCCUGCCCGGUCUGCGAGAAAGGGUUCACCCGCUCGUCGGACCUGCGGGUGCACCAGCGGGUGCACACGGGCGAGCGGCCCUUCUCCUGCCCGGUCUGCGAGAAGAGCUUCACCCGCUCGUCGCACUUGCUGACCCACCAGCGGGUGCACACCGGCGAGCGGCCGUACAGCUGCUCGGUGUGCGGGAAGGGCUUCACCCAGCUGUCGAACCGGCUGCGGCACCAGCGGCUGCACACGGGCGAGCGGCCCUUCACCUGCCCGGUGUGCCGAAAGGGCUUCACCGACUCUUCCACCCUGCUGCGGCACCAGCGGCUGCACACCGAGGAGCGGCCGUUCACCUGCUCGGUGUGCGGGAAGGGCUUCACCCGCUCGCCCCACCUGCUGACCCACCAGCGGGUGCACACCGGCGAGCGGCCCUUCUCCUGCUCGGUGUGCGGCCGCCGCUUCACCCAGUCGUCGCACCUCCUUACCCACCAGCACAGCCACACCGGCGAGCGGCCGUUCCGGUGCUCGGUGUGCGGCCGUGGUUUCACCCAGCUCUCGCUGCUACUGGCCCACCAGCACCUGCACGCCGAGAACAACCCAGUCAAGUACCCGGACGGCGACGAGCCGGGAGCCGGGGACGCCCCGGACGGCGCCGAGGCGCCCACCCUGCUGCACCCGCUGCCGGCGCGCUCCUCCUCGCAGGCCGGCGAGAGGCCCUUCAAGUGCUCGGUGUGUGCCAAGGCCUUCACCUGCCUCUCCCACCUGCUGCGGCACCUGCGGGUGCACAGCGGCGAGCGGCCCUUCCAGUGCUCGGUCUGCGAGAAGGGCUUCACCCAGUCGUCCAGCCUGCUGACCCACCAGCGCAUCCACACCGGCGAGCGGCCCUUCUCCUGCUCGCAGUGCGGCAAGGGCUUCUCCCGCUCCUCCCACCUCUUGCGGCAUCAGAGAGUCCACCUGCUACUUGACUCCUCUCCUGUUGUGGUCAGCUCGAGAGGCUUCCAAGGGAAAGGGGUCAGGUGGCUCAGGAAAUUCGGCCCAUCCAUAAGGACCCUCGCCAAUGUUUCCAGACGUGCCAUAGAAAGCAUUCUAUCUGGGUCUGUCGUGGCCUGGUGCGGCAACUGCUCUGGCCAGGACCCAGAAACUCAUGGGCUAAGGGCCCUUUUAUGGUGCUGGAGACCUCUGUGGCAGAACUUUAAACACCAGUGGUGUCGAGGUUUUUGGAGUGGGAAAAAGGCAUCAAAGUGGGGAUCCAGCCACAACGGCGUUGAACGGCAGAGCAUGCAGUUUGAGCUGAAAGUCUCCCAGCUUCUCCUACAAUAUUGUCGAUGCACGAGCAUGCUGGAGGCACAGAGCCUAAGUAUUGCCUGGAAGAGGACACCUCGCAUUGAAAUUCCUUGUCUCGCACUCAUCAGGACACUUCGCAAGAAGUACCAAAUCACAAGAGGGGACAACCAACUUAUACUCCGUAUCAUUCAUGUUGUCACCCAAAUCAUUUAUAUUGAUGACAAAGAAAAGCGGACCCCACGCCAAUCCCUGGGAAUAGGCGCCCGUCUGAAAAACCACCCUCCCACCUCUGGGGGUGUCAGAGGCACCUCCCGCUUCCCAUUGCAAGGUCGGGCAUCAAGUGCUUUUGGAGUGAGGCAUGCCGAACCUUUCCGCCCUGGGAACGAGCCAAGAGGUCGGGAUGGGCGUGACGUGCACGCUGCACGACUUUGCAAAGCCAAGAGUAAGAUUAUCAGCCACUUUCAGAGAAGCACACAGGUCGAGUAUUGUGCACCGCUCAGCCACGCCAUGACGAUCGCACCAGAACGCACGCGGAAAGGAUUGACAUUGGGCUCUGUGGCGGCUCAGCGGUCAGCACUGGCAGCGCCAGGGGCCCAGCUUCUGACGCUACUGGAAAACCAAAACCCAGAGAUCUUGAUCCGUCGGAGCUGGCCACAGCCAUCCAGGCUGUUUAAACGAAACCCAAGACCUCCCAAGCUGUUUUCUCCAGUGGUCCUGGAGCGAGAGAAGCGUGAGUGCGAACGGAGACCGGGGCGGAAGCAGAACGAGCGUGGGCGGAUCUGGCAGCUGAGACGCAGAUGGAAUCUGGGAGCAGAGCGAGCGCGGGCGGAGCUGGGAGCCGAGACACAGACGGAAUCUGGGAGCAGAGCGAGAGCGGGCCGGUGGGCCGGAAUGGGCCGUGGAGACGAGUCCUGGAUGGAGGCACUCAUCUAUGAAACCGCGCACGCGCGCCGAGCUCCCGCAGCUGAGGAUAGACCACUUUCCAAGCCCAGUGCCUUCUGGGUAGCUCCGCCCGCCAUUAACCACAAGGCCCCGGCAGAAACACUACUCAACAUUGUCAAUGUGAACAGGGAUAUGCCUGAGACUUACGGACCAUACCUCCUGUAUCCACAUCCAAAUAAUUUGUGUAAAAGACACAAGGACACCAGCACCAUGGAGAAACCAUGGAAUUGUGAGGCAUGUGUGAAGGGAUUUAAUUCCCAGUCCCAGUGGGAAAAUCACCAGUGCGUUGAGAUUGGGGAGAAACUUUGGAAAUGUGGAGACUGUGGAAAGAGAUUCAGUUACCCGUCCAAGCUGGAAAUUCAUCGUCGCAGUCACACCGGGGAGAGGCCGUUCAUCUGCUCUGUGUGUGGAAAGGGUUUCGGUGAGUUAUCCACUCUGCAAAGACACCAGCGAGUGCACACCGGGGAGAGGCCAUUCACCUGCUCUCAGUGCAGAAAGGAAUUCACUUGUAUGUCCAACCUCUUGACACACCAACGUGUUCACACCGGGGAGAAGCCAUUUGGUUGCUCUGUGUGCGGGAAAGGUUUCACUCAGUCAUCCAACCUGCUGAGGCACCAGCGGGUCCAUGCUGGGGAGAAGCCCUUCUCUCGCUCCGUGCUUGAGAAGGGAUUCUGUGAGUCACCUGGCCUGCUGAAGCACCAGGGCAGUCACACCAAGGAGAGACCUUUCAAAUGCUCAGACUGCAGAGCUGGCUUUAAAAGCUCUAAGCACCUGACAGUCCACCAACGCAUUCACACUGAGGACAGGCCGUUCAGCUGCUCCCAUUGCACCAAGAGCUUCAGAAAAUCGUACAGCCUGCUGAUACACCAGCGGGUUCACACCGGGGAGAGGCCGUACACCUGCUCGGUGUGCGGCAAGGGAUUCACUCAGUCGUCCAACUUGCGGACACACCAGUGGGUUCACAACGGGGAAUACAAUCAGGGCCGAGCUUAUGCACAUAAUGCUCUACACAUCCAGUCCCCCCCCUCCUCCUUCAUAACGACGGUUGGGCGGAACCGGAAGAGGCGGUGUUUGUGGGGGGCGGCGGCACAUCCUUGGAUGAUGGUCGUGUCUCUGAGCCAAUGGGAAUCGGCUCUGUCCCCGGUGGGCCGGGCGGUCCGCGAACCAAUCGGAGAGCCUCCUCCGCAGUGGGCGGGGCCGCAUCCCACCAAAGCUCGGACCUGCCCAAAUGCCCCGAGGUUGGACACUGCAGCCAGGCCACGUGCUCAGGAAGCCCCGCCCCUCGGGCGCCUGGGAAGCGUCACCGUGGCAACCGGCCGCCAUUUGGCGGGCACGAGGCUGAGCCCAGGGCGCAUGCGCAGCAGCCAUUUCACUCCAGGUUCCCGUCGGCGGGUUGUUCAGAGUCGGCUUUUGGUCUUAAGAGAUCAUCGACACUCACACACAUACACAGCAAACAGGGCAGUUUUCUCAACAUUUGAAAAAGCAGAGGACGAACGCGCUCCGACUGACACGCCCAAAGCAGCGGCCCGCAAAAUGGGGUCCGGUUGCCAUGGCAGUCUCCCAGUGAGGAACUACAAUGAGGAUGGGGCUUUCAUAGCGGAAUACGAGGUGCAGCUCCUCCAGUUUCCAAGUGGCAUCGCUGUGACACGAGAGGAGGCCCAGGAUGGACAUGUCGUCCAGGGGGAAGCUACUGGGGCCAGUUCAUUGGAUAUAUUCGAGAGGGAGCUCGACAUGGCCCUUGUGGUUAAAGGGAUCAAGAUCCAGAGUGACCAAGGAUGGGAACUCAACCUCAACGGUAAUUCAAUUUUUGGGAAAGAUAGACAGAAAGGAAAGGGAGGUGGGGUCGUGUUGCUGGUUAAGGAGGAGACUAACACAAUAGUAGGGGAGGACAUUAGUGUGGAUGAUGUGGAAUCAGAUGUGACCAGUAGAGUGGACACGAGUGAAUCAGUAGAAGUUGUGUAUUUGGACUUCCAAAAGGCUUUUGACAAGAUUCCACAUGAGAUCAGUGAGGAAAAGGAUGAGGAACUUCAGGCUCGUGGGUGGAUUGGAGAAGCUGCUAGGGUUAUCCUUGGAGAAAGCAAAACCAAGGAGAGGACAAUACUUAAAGGUGAUUGGCUAAAGAAAGCAAUGUCAGAAAUAGCCGCUUUUAUGCAGGUAUCAGAAAUGAAAUACAAGAAUAGCAGACCAAUGAAGAAACCAUGGAAAUGUGGGGACUGUGGAAAAGGAUUCAAACAGCCAUCUCUGCUGGAAAUCCAUCGACGCAGUCACACCGGGGAGAAGCCGUUCACCUGCUUCGAGUGUGGGAAGGGAUUCACUGCUGCGUGCAAUCUGCAGACACACCAGCGGCUCCACACUGGGGAGAGGCCAUUCGUCUGCUUAGACUGUGGGAAGGCGUUCAGUGAUUCAUCCAGUCUGCGCAAGCACCAGAGGGUUCAUACUGGGGAGAGACCAUUCACCUGUUCUGAGUGUGGGAAGGGGUUCCUUGAUUCGUCGAACCUCUUGACACACCAGCGGCGAAGUCACACCGUGGAGAGGCCAUUCACCUGCUCCGAUUGCGGGAAGGGAUUUGGCGAUUCGUCGUCCCUGCUGACGCACCAGCGGGUUCACACCGGGGAGAGGCCAUUCAUCUGCCCAAAGUGUGGCAAGGGCUUCAGUGAUGCUUCCACCCUGAGGAAGCACCAUCGUGUUCACACCGGAGAGAGGCCAUUCACCUGCACCGAGUGCGGGAAGGGGUUCACUCAGUCAACGCACCUCCUGACGCACCAGCGAGUUCACACGGGGGAGAAACCGUUUGCCUGCUCGGUGUGUGAGAAGAGAUUCACCCGAUCAUCCACCCUGCGCACUCACCAGCUAGUUCACAAGUAUCAGCAGGGGACAAUCUGGUGCGCCGCUCGAAUCAUUGCGGACCUGAAGGUCACCAGCCUUUCACUGUGGAAUGAAAACAAUUCGUCUCUGCAACAAGAUUUUAAACACUUUAAUUGGAUCAUGGAGAAGCCAUGGAAAUGUAUGGAUUGUGGGAAGGGGUUUAAUUAUCCAUCCCAACUGGAAUCUCAUCGACGCAGUCACACCGGGGAGAGGCCGUUCACCUGCUCCGAGUGUGGGAAAGGGUUCAGUGAUUCGUCCAGCCUGCAGACGCACCAGCGGGUCCACACCGGGGAGAGGCCGUUUAUCUGCUCCGAGUGCGGGAAGGGAUUCACCGAUUCAUCCAACCUACAGAGGCACCGGCGUAUUCACACCGGGGAGAGGCCGUUUGCCUGCUCCGAGUGCGGGAAGGGCUUCAGUGAUUCGUCCAGCCUGCUGACCCACCAGCGGGUCCACACUGGGGAGAGGCCGUUUAUCUGCUCUGAGUGCGGGAAGGGGUUUGCGCAGUCAGCGAACCUGCUGGCCCACCAGCGGGUCCACACCGGGGAGAGGCCGUUCACCUGCCCGGUGUGCGGGAAGGGCUUCAGUCAGUCCUCCAACCUGCUGACCCACCAGCGACUUCACACCGGGGAGAGUCCCUUCAUCUGCUCCAUGUGUGGGGAUGGAUUUGAUGACUCGGCUGCCCUGCAGACACACUGGCCAGUUCAUUACGGGGAGAGGCCGUUUCCCUGCUCCCAGUGCGGGAAGGGUUUCACUCAUUCCUCCCACCUCCUGAAGCAUCAGCGCAGCCACACGGGGGAGAGGCCGUUCGCCUGCUCAGAGUGCGGCAAGGCCUUCAGCCAGCUGUCCAACCUGCUGACCCACGGGCGCACUCACACCGGGGAGAGGCCGUUCGCUUGCUCGGUGUGUGGGAAGGGGUUCACUCAGUUAUCCAGCCUGCUGACCCACCGGCGGGUCCACACCGGGGAGAGGCCGUUCAUUUGCUGCGAGUGCGGGAAUGGAUUCAGCGAUUCCUCCACCUUACGCAAACACCGACUUGUGCACACUGGGGAGAGACCCUUUACCUGCACAGUGUGUGGGAAGGGCUUCACUUCUUCCUCCAAUCUGCUGAGGCACCGGAGCGGUCACACCAACUAGCGGCCCCUCCCAUGCAGCGCUCUGACUUUGAGUAGCGCCUAUUUUUUAUUGUCAGACAAACUCUGAGGAACCAGGCAGAGGAAAACGUGUCCCGCUGCUUCCACCGCGCAGAGAGGGUUUGGAUAAGUGCGCCGGCGGGUUCCACAAAGCGUUUUAAGGGUUUAGAUUCUGAUGUCGCUCACAUUCCAGGACUGAGUCAUGUUCAAUCUGAUGGCAAGGGGUUGGUGUCAGUCGCUGCUGACGUUAAUAAGCCCGAAGACUGAGCUGGAGAUUCAAACUGUGGAUGCGCUGAAUAAAACAACUAUAUUUUAUCACUGCUGUGCCAACCCCUUGUUUCUGAAUUUAAGGCAGGAGCUCAGUGUGACUUUAUGAGCACACCUUUAAGGCUGUGAUAAAAUCUGGUGGGGUCAAUGACUUGGUUACUGGAGGCGUAGAGCGCCAAGGCAGUUCUGGUGAAUCUUUGGGAAGGAUCAUUGUGUCCAAGUGGCAGAUAGUGUUUAAUUCAGAUGAAUGUGAGAUAUUGUCUUGUCAAAAUGCAAAGGGCAGGACUCCUCAUGAAAUUAAA